GUAUGAAAUCCGCACGUGCAACGUGCGAGUCACAUUUCAGCUUCUUCUUCUGUUGUGUCUUUGUGUACCAAAACGGGUUUAUUCUCUUCCCAAAACGACAACUCUCUCUGCUCACUCUCACACCCAUCUCUGUGCAUAUCUCUGGUGGCUCGUUGAAUUGUCAGCAAAUGUAUUAUGUGUUAGUUUGGAGAUUGGUAAUUUCAUUAUGCUGGCAAUCUUUGAAAGUGUAGGCCCAAUUAGAAGUUUGUGUAGCUAAUGAGGAUUACAACUUAUCACUAUCUCGUUUCCCUGUUGGCUUAUACGACUCCCUUAUGGGCAAGUCUAAUUGCCGGUGUUCUUGUAGUUGUUACUCUAUCUCUGUCGAUGUACCUCGUGUUUGAGCACCUUUCUGCAUACAAAAAUCCUGAGGAGCAAAAGUUUUUGAUUGGAGUUAUUUUGAUGGUUCCUUGCUAUGCAGUGGAGUCGUUUGUGUCGUUGACUAAUCCAUCAAUUAGUGUUGAUUGUGAGAUACUACGGGAUUGCUACGAAUCCUUUGCCAUGUAUUGCUUUGGAAGAUACCUUGUUGCAUGCUUGGGCGGAGAAGAAAGGACUAUCGAGUUUAUGGAAAGAGAAGGACGCGCAAGCUAUAAAAAUCCCCUAUUAGAACCCAGUUUUGAGAAAGGAACCGUGCAGCACCCAUUCCCAAUGAACUAUGUCUUGAAACCAUGGAAACUUGGUCAAUGGUUUUACCAAGUUGUCAAGAUUGGCAUUGUUCAAUAUAUGAUAAUAAAGUCUCUUAGUGCUAUUUUAGCUGUAGUUCUUGAAGCCUUUGGUGUAUAUUGUGAAGGAGAUUUCAAGUUGAGAUGCGGGUAUCCUUAUAUCGCGGUGGUUUUAAAUUUUAGUCAGUCCUGGGCUUUGUAUUGUUUAGUUCAAUUUUAUACAGUCACAAAGGAUGAACUGGCACACAUAAAGCCAUUGGCCAAGUUUUUAACAUUCAAGUCAAUUGUGUUUUUGACUUGGUGGCAAGGUGUGGCGAUCGCUCUUCUUUAUGCUCUUGGUUUGUUUAAAAGUCCUGUAGCUCAAGGCUUGGAGUUUAAAUCAAGUGUGCAAGAUUUCAUAAUUUGUAUAGAGAUGGGCAUUGCUUCUAUUGUCCACCUAUAUGUAUUCCCUGCCAAGCCUUACGAGCUAAUGGGAGAGUGUUUUUCUGGAAGUGUUUCUAUCCUUGGAGACUAUUCUGCUGAUUGUCCCCUGGACCCUGAUGAGAUUAGGGAUAGUGAGCGACCUACAAAGCUACGUCUACCACAGCCAGACAUUGAUAACAGGAGUGGAAUGACCAUUAGAGAAAGUGUUCGGGACGUUUUUGUUGGUGGUGGUGAAUAUAUAGUAAACGAUGUGAAGUUCACUGUGACCCAAGCAGUAGAGCCUGUGGAGAAGGGUAUUACAAAGUUCAAUGAAAAAUUACAUAAGAUCUCCCAAAAUAUAAAGAAGGACAAGGAUAAGAGGAGAACAAAGGACGAUAGUUGCAUUGCCACAUCAUCACCUGCACGGAGGGUAAUUCGGGGAAUUGAUGACCCACUGUUAAAUGGGAGCAUUAGCGACAGUGCACCUACACGGAAAAAGCACCGUCGGAAAUCAGGAUAUACUAGUGCAGAAAGCGGGGGAGAAAGCAGUAGUGAUCAAAGCUAUGGUGGUUACCAAGUCAGAGGUCAUAGGUGGGUCACCAAAGAUUAGUGAGGAGAGGAUUUUGUAUCUACGCAAGAAAUGGGGGGCUCAACAAUGAUGGUUGAGGAAUGAAGCAUAGACGGUUUAUGCAUUAGCAUUCAGCAAGAAAAGUGCAAUUCUCCCAUUAAGGCUUGUUGGUUUACGUGUACAAAGCUCCACAAGGAAGCUGAAGACUUCAAUCCAAAUUUUUCUGGUAUGUGGAUCUUUUCAUGUUAAUUGGUGAGGUUGUCCAUGCGAUAGGUGCUAAAUGGUGUACGAUUAUUAUGCUUGAUGCGCUUUCAAUAUUCUGUAUAGAAUUUCUUAAGGCUUGAGAGGUUGUGAAUGCCACUGAAAUUAGGACAAUGAUGCAUGAUUUGAGAAAAAGAAAUUCGUGUUAAAUGGAUGUCCAUCGAGUAAAUCAAUUGUCUUUACAACGCAUUGUCUUGUUGUACUUAAGUGGAAGAAUCGCUUUGUUGAAAGAAUUUAA